AGUAGCUUCGAUGGAGAAAGAAAACACGAAUCAUACCCCAAUAGCUUUUUUUUGCUAGAUUUCGUCUGGACGCCCCUCCUCCCCCCCCUCCUUCUCCCUCUACCCAAAGAUGCCCGCCUACGACACACAGGAGCCCAGCGGCGGGAGCCAUUCCCUCGAUCUGAUCGGCGACGCGGAUGCGGCUGCCCUGCGCAUUUUAGAAAGCAAUGUGGACUUCAUGUCCCUCCUCUACUGCCACCUCGCUGCCUGCCCGCCACACGGCCCUUUUGUGUACUAUUCUGCCAUGACCCUUGUGGAGCGCGCCAAGCGGCGUUACAUCGCUGCUGCUGCGGUUGCGGCGGGAGCCAACAUGAACGAGACCCCCUCCAAGGGCGUGAGCGACGCUGCAUCAAGCACGACUUCCUCCACGCAACCAGGGAUUUACCCGAUGGACGGCGAAGGGGCAUCCGUGCUGCUGCGUGCCCUCACCAUUCCUAAUGUGCUGGCAUUAAUCGACAAGCGCUACGACACACGUCACCUGUCCGGCUGGCCGCUGCUGUACGUGCCGGCGGAGAUACGCGCGGCGGACGUGGCGGUACUCACGCAGCAGCAGCCGUAA